GGCGCUUCUAGUUUCUCAUAUUGGCUGCAGCAAUGUCCUCAGCAUGAUCUUCCUUGAUCGCAUGUGAAAGGGUUAAAGGCAUUUCCUAGCUCAGUUCGGCUGCGCUCCGCGUGCAUUGGCUGCUAAUCUUCCUUUCAGGACGCCAUGGCAGCCAAGAGUGGACCUGCAAUGCAGGCUAUUACGGAGCGAUCUCACGAGUUGACAGCAGAUCUCGACCUUGGGGGCCCAACGGACAUCCUCAGGCUGCUGAGAGCUUGUGAUGCAGAGAUUUUCGGUGGUUAUAAGGGCUUCCCAGGUCUAGCUGAUGAGGAGGUACGAGGCACAGUCGACGCCAUCAUUGCGGUUGUGGUUGACAUGAUUCGCUCCUCUCCGUACGACAGCGCCAUCAUUCUCAGUGGGGCAGGCACGAGUGGCCGCAUCGCCUUUUCGGUUGCCAGGGCGUUCAAUGCAGUCCUGGAGAAGCACGGCAAGCCACGAUGCAUCCACUAUUUGAUUGCUGGGGGGGAGGCAGCUUUGCUCAAGGCUCAAGAGGGUGCUGAGGACAAUGCUGCGAAGGCGGUGGAAGACCUCAAGAAGAUCUAUGCUCAGGGGAGGCACGGCAAGGGCUUUGGGCGGGUACUGUACAUUGGCAUCAGUUGCGGUCUGAGCGCGACAUACGUGGCGGCACAGCUGCAGUACACGAUCAAGCAGCCGCACUACGCGUCGGUCCUCCUCGGGUUCAACCCCCUGAGCUAUGCAAGGAAGGUCCGCGUCCCCGAGUUUGGUCACACUUUUUUCGACGUCGCAACCCAACUGGAGACGGCUGCUAGGGAGACCGCCGCUAAUGGCCGCCGCCACUUCAUUCUGACCCCGGUGGUUGGCCCCGAGGCCGUCACUGGGUCGACCCGUCUCAAGGCCGGCUCAGCCACCAAGAUCCUCCUCGAGUCCAUCUUCGGCAAGGCGUGCGCUCAGGCGCUCGCUUUACCGUACCUCGGCAAAGCCCCCGCAACGCCAAUCUCCCGUUCCUCUUCGGACGCUGCCGUCGAGUUCACGAGCGGGAAGCCCGUCCGAACGGAGAAGACGAAAAAGGGCCCGCAGGCGCCGCCGCCGGCCGCGCCGUCCGCUUACAAAGCGGCUCUGCAGGCGUAUGAUGGCGUCAUCAAGGCCGUGUAUGACGCCAUUCCGCAGCUGGCGGUCCUCAUCGAAGCCGCCCGGGAAAGCCUCGACUCCAAGGGCAGCAUCUUGUACGUCGGCGCCGGAGGGACUGGGCUCGUCGGACUCAUCGACGCGUCCGAACAGGUGCCCACGUUCGGCGCCGCCCCUGCGGACGUCCAGGCGUUCGUGGAGGGGGGCUGGGCCGCGCUCACGAGGCCGCCCGUGAUCAAGCGGUCGCUGUCAAGCCCUAUGGCGUCCCGGCACGACCGCGCUCUUCCCCCCCCGCUCACGCUGUCCGACCCCUCCCCCUCCUCCCCUCACCGGACGCUUUCGGACAGCCCCCGGCGCACCCCCCGCCGCCUCAACGCCGACGACCGGUUGCCCUCCUCCGUGCUCGCGAGCGUCGUCGAGCGCGGCCUCGCGGCCGCGGGUACGCCCACCAAACUGCGCGCAUCGUUUUCCGGGUCGGAGUUUUCCAACGGAGACGCCCCCCAAAGCGACACGCCCGGCGGAAGCGGCCCGGAAGGCGACAGCAGAAGGGAGAGCGCGAAGAACGGGGUCGCCGAGGAAAAGCGGGCCGCGCCCCCAGCGUCGCCCGCCGCCAAAACCCCCAAAGCCUCCCCGGCCCUCGCGCCACACGCCGACCCCGACUCGCCGAACGGCGCGCUGCCCGCCGGUGGAGACGACCCGAGCGACGGGAAGCUAUCGGUGUCUUAUUUUCUGGAGCGAGUGUUGCCGCGGGUGCGUCACACCGAUACGGUGGUGGUCCUCCGGGGGGCCGGGGCCGGCGCGGGCCUGUCGGCGGAGACGGAGGCGGUGAUUGCGGAGCGGAAGAAGCAGCGGGGCGGCAUGGUGCUGGCGCUCGUGGAUGUGGUGGUCGGGGAGCAUGACCGGAUACUGUGCCUUGGCGAUGCGGACGUCGACGAAGCCAAGUCCGCGGACGCCCCCGACGUCCGCCCGGAACUCGAGCGCCUCGCCAACGUCCGCGUCCUAGUCCGCCUGCCGCCGUCCGCGGCCGCGCCGCUCGUCCCGGGCGUCGACGGUUUUUCCGAGCUCGCCGUCAAGCUGGUGCUGAACGCCGUCAGCACCGGCGCGCACGUCUUGGCUGGGAAGGUCUACCGGUCGCUUAUGAUCGACCUCCGGGUGAGCAACCAUAAGCUAUUGCACCGCGCGGUCGCGAUCGUGGAGCAGCUCGUCGGCGUCCCGCGGCCGGCCGCGAUCGACUGCGUCCUUCGGGCGAUCUACCGGCUGGACCACGGGGACGAGUUGGCGGGCGCUGACGUCAGGGAGAGUCAGCACCCGGGGGAGGGCCAGAACGGUGUCGCGGAAAAGAAGGAGCUGCGGAACCUGACAGAGGCGCUGGCGCUGCUCAAGACGUGGAGCUCGAGCGUGCACGUUUUGCAGGCGGCCGAGGCGUUCAAGGUCGUGCCGACCGCGCUGCUGCUGGCGACGGGGAAAUUUACAGUCGAGUCCGCGCACGAGACUCUCCGGGAGACGCCGACUGUGCGGAAGCUUAUUGAAGAGGCCUUGACCCAGGACGCAUAG